AUGGCCUCGAGCCUUAAAAGGUGUGCGGCGUCACUGGCGCUCCUCUGGCUCCUCGCGGACUGCACAGCCUUCAACCGCGUCUACAGCAGCAAGGUGGUCAGGGCCAUUCUCUCCACACGGGGCCCCCCACGAGACCGCCGAAAGGUGGCGGCGGGUGGCUCCAAGGCCAGAUGUGCCUUUUUGAUGAGGCGCAUCGACGAUGACAAGAUCAAGAUGUCUGAGCUGAAGAAGGUCGCUCAUGAGCUGCGUGGGCUGUUGACCGAGCCACGAGACUUCACCAGAGUGGUCAAGGCGCUUGGAAGUCGAGGGCUGCACCCGCGGAUGCUCGACAUCAUCCAAGAGAUGGAUCAGCGCGUAGGCCCCAGCUACAUCACGUACAGCGCGGCCAUCGCGAGCGUGUCCGGCCCUGGAAGCUGGGAAUUGGCAACAAAGCUGCUCCGGCAGCUGGAAGCGAGGUCCAGGGGCAGAGGAGAAGGGCCCAACCUCAUCACAUACAACGCCGUGAUCCACACUCUGGCACAGGAUAGGAAGUGGCAGGAAGCCUUGCAGGUCUUUGGGGAAUUGACUUCCAAGGAGUUUUCCCCCACAGAGUCCACGUACAGCGCGGCAAUGUCAGCAUGCAAGUUGUCUCAAUGGGAAGUAGCUCUGCAUCUCAAUGAGGACAUGCUGGACAGAGGUUUGCGCGGCAACUUGCUCACAUGGACAAGCCUGAUCCAAGCCUUGGGGAGGGCUGAGCCGGUCCUCGCUAUCCGAGCCUUCGGGCGAAUGAAGCGUGCCGGUUUUCAACCGGAUCAGCAGGUCUUUGACGCCGUUCUGCGAGCUUGCGCCGCAGGCGGCCUGUGGAAACGGGCGAUCUUCAUUAUUAACAAGAUGAUGGAGGCAGGAGAAAGUCCCAGUGCUUCGGCCUACAGCAGUGCGGUUGCGGCAUGUGCAGCCAGGCAAGGCAGGCGCAGCAUCUUGCUGUUUGAAGAGAUGCUGCAGAAGGGCCUGCUGCCGACCCCGGCAGCUUAUGUCGGAGUCAUGGCAGCCCAUGCCCACGACGGUCGCUGGGACAGAGUGCUCAGGACCUUCUCCGAAAUGAGAAGCCAGCCUGGGCCGAUCACAUAUGCUGCCUAUGCUGCGGCCAUGAGGGCUAUUAACUUCUAUGAGCGCUCACCAGAUGAGAGCGAUUCGCGGAAGCGCGGCAUGGCGCGGAAGCAGCUCAAGAUGUUUACCGACAUGCUCAAAAUGCACAAGACGCAGCCAGACGCAGAAUGCCACAGUAUUGCGGCUCGUGCGUACGCGGACUGCUACGAGGCUGUGAAGGGAACGCGUCUCAUAGAGCAGGCACUUCAAAACGGGCAUAGUCCUCAUGGCUCAGCAUGCAGCGCCAUUCUGCAGGCUUUGCCUCAGAGCCGGGAUGGACAGAUCAGCGACAAGCAGCUGAAGUUACUCUUCGAAGCAGGCAUCACUGGCUACUUGAAGGAGUCGCCUAGUGAUUCUGUCAGGCUUUUGCGGGAGAUGCAGGAGGCCAAGUUGGAAGUCAGCCAGGAGAUCUACCAGGCGGUGGUUUGCGAGUCGGAGGAGCCGGAUGUGGCCGCAUGGGCCUACGAGGAGAUGCGGCGCCUCAACAUGACGGCAAGCGCAGAUGCCUCCGUUGCAGCCAUGCAGGCGUUUGCAGAGGACUGGGAGCGAGCGCUGGAGAUCUUCGAUGAGCUGAAGAGCUCUGGUGCUUUGGCCUUGAGAGGCAAGUCCUUGGACUUGCUGGAGAAAGCCGGGCUGGCAGCGCUGACGGCCUGUGCUGCUGGAGGACGAUGCUUAGAGGCCCAACAUGUUCUGGAAGAAGUCCGAUUUCAAGGGCUUGCUUUAAGCCCGCCUCUGUAUGAGCAAGCAAUUGCUGCAUCCAGCAGCCAGCUUGAUACUGCUCGCAACUUGGUGGGACGGAUGUUGGCUGCUGGAUACCAACCCUCACAUGAAGCGUUGGCCGUGAGCAAGAUGGAGAGUGCCAUUGAUCAGCUCCAAGCGAUGGAGGACAUGGGCUUUGUGCCAGAUGAGGCCACAGUCCGGGCCGCCAUCGGAGAGGCGAGGCAUUGCAAUGACCGAGAACUUGCGCGCGAGCUGAGCUUGAGGCUACGCGUUGAAAAGACAGGGGCGGAGGAUGUGCGAUUAGAGAGAACCAGCAAGCCCAAGCGACCUGGCAGAGGAGACAAGCCAAGGAAGCCGUUUAGGCCGAAAUCCGGCCAGGGAAAGCGGUCCGCAGCGAGCCGGGAGAGCGAAAGCAAGGAGCAAGCGGACAUCCAGAACAGCGAGGACUGGCAAGAAAGAGUGACCUAUUUCUAG